GCAGCCACAACAACUUUUGUCUUCGGCAUAAAAGUUUUUUGAAAAGUGGGACAGGAUUUACUGCCGUUUUACUAUGAAAGAUUAAAUUUCUAUCAAGAUUUGUCUAUGUAACAUUUAUUUCGUUAUCAUGUUUUGCAAUUGUGUUUUUAGAGCGGCGAAGACGAAUCAUUUGACACGAUUCCUAAGUUCAUUUCGUAGACCGAAGCUUGUGUUGACUUGGAAUUUAGGUUAUGCAACCCGGAAUUUUUCGAUACGUUCUCUCAUCGUGUCACCAAGGAUAAGUGCAAGCAUAUUUACAAAUGGAGGCACUUUCCAACAUACACUCAGAAACCGCCCUUUUAGUUUAUUAAGGAAGCAAUCGCUUGCGUUUCUACGACAAACAAGAAAUUUUCAAGGGAGAAAAGCCAAUCAAAGGUCAAAGCUAAACUUAUCGGAAAAACACAGAACUGUUGCAAUGUACACACUUUCCCUUGCCAUUCUCGUUUGUGGUGGAUCGUAUGCUGCAGUGCCAUUGUACAGACUUUAUUGCCAGGCAUCAGGAUAUGGAGGUACAGUACAAGUUACAGAGGUUGGAGAAAAGCUUGAAAAAAUGGAGAAGCAAAGAUUUAGGCAGCUUACAGUAAAGUUUAAUGCUGACAAAAGUGCAACAAUGCAAUGGGAAUUCAAACCACAGCAGUCAGAAAUAAAAAUAUUUCCAGGAGAAACUGCUUUAGCUUUUUAUACUGCAAAGAACCCAACAGACCAACCAAUAACUGGUGUAUCAACAUAUAAUGUUAUACCAUUUGAAGCUGGACAGUAUUUUAAUAAAAUACAGUGUUUCUGCUUUGAAGAACAGAGGCUGAACCCAGGAGAAGAAGUUGACAUGCCUGUAUUUUUCUACAUUGAUCCUGAAUUUGUUGAAGAUCCAAGUUUGAGGAAAGUCACAGAGCUCACCUUGUCAUACACAUUCUUUGAAGCAAAAGAUGGCAGUUGGCCGGACAUGAACAUUCCUCCCUCACAAAAAGGAAAUUCUGAAAAAUAAUAGUUUUAUAUUUUUCAGUAAAUAUUGAUGUAUUUUAAAGACAUGAUGAUAUUAAGUUGAAAUCAUUUUUUUGAUAAAAUGGUUGAAAUCAUUUAAGAAGAGACUCAAAA